CGCUCUGCACUCAUCAGCAGGAAAGGACGCGCACGGGACGAAGAGUGCCCUUUAUAAAUCACCAUCUUCAUCACUGAUCUCUGGAUUACGCGCACUGCACGAACUCUUGGAUUUACAGGAUGAGCCGUCUGCUGGACAAAGCUUCUCAUGUGGUGUGACAGUGGAAUGAGUGAUGCCGGGUUGCUGGUGAGGAAUGACUGUCUGUUUGAUCCUGGCCCUGUUCACACUGACCACACACACUGAGGUGUCCUCUGGAAAGUCUUUGCACGAGCAAUGGAGGAGCUACACGAAUGAAUGCAUUCAGAGCUUUAUCACUUCUCCACCAGCCUCAGGGUUGGUCUGUAACAGAACAUUUGAUCAAUAUGUGUGCUGGCCCGAUGGCUCUCCAGGCACUACUGUUAAUGUUUCUUGCCCGUGGUAUUUACCCUGGUAUCAUAAAGUUCGGCAGGGUCUGGUGUAUCGCUUGUGUGGUGCUGAUGGCAGAUGGACUCACAGUAAAAACACAAGCGAGUGUGAACAAGAUGAUCCGGGACAGAGGCAGUACGGUCAGAUUCUCAGUAAAUUCAGAGCCAUGUACACCGUGGGAUACUCACUGUCUCUGGGAGCGCUAAUUCUUGCCCUCGGCAUUCUGGUGACCUUUCGAAAGUUGCAUUGCAUGAGGAACAACAUCCACAUGAAUCUGUUUGGCUCCUUCAUCCUGCGGGCUCUCUCCAUUCUCAUCAAAGACGCUCUGCUGGAUCAAAUGAACAGCGCUCAAAGCGGACCACAUCAUUAUCAGGGCCAGCGUUGGGUCGACAUGCAGGUCACAUGCAGACUUGUAUCUCUUGUAUGUGUUUCUCAGACCGUCACUGGGUGUCGUGUUGCCGUGGUGAUGAUGCAGUACAGCGUCAUUGCAAAUAACUAUUGGCUGCUGGUGGAGGGCUUGUAUCUACACAGUCUCCUGGUCAUCGCCGUUUUCUCCGAGAAGAAUUACUUCUAUAUAUAUCUGUGCAUCGGCUGGGGUGCGCCUCUUCUUUUCGUGUUACCGUGGGUCGCAGUCAAAUACCUGUAUGAGAAUCAAGAAUGCUGGGAGAGAAAUAUUAACAUGGGUUAUUGGUGGAUAAUCCGCUCUCCGAUUCUGUUUGCAUAUCUGAUUAACUUCUUCAUAUUCAUUCGUAUAAUAAAGAUUCUGAUGUCCAAGCUGAAGGCCCAUCAGAUGAGAUACACUGACUAUAAAUUCAGGUUGGCGAAGUCCACUCUCACCCUCAUCCCGCUGCUGGGAAUUCACGCCAUCCUCUUCACCUUCGUCAUCGAUGAGUCCGUGCCAAAGGAAUCUCUUCUGAGGCUCAUCCGCCUCUUCUACGACCUCCUCUUCAGCUCCUUCCAGGGUCUUCUCGUGGCCAUCCUGUACUGCUUUGUCAACAAAGAGGUUCAGAGUGAGAUGUUGAAAAAGUGGAAGAGGUGGAAACUCGGGCACGACAUUGAGGAAGAAUACCGUCACACCCACAGCCAGACGCACCAAGCCAAAAGUGGCAGUAUCGCUCUGGCCAUGGCAAAUGAAUGUCCUGACACCCCAGAACAGGCGAAUUCAGCUCUGCCCUCUGCAGAGUCCCAGCGUCUGGUGACCGCCCUUCAGAACGGGGCGAGCCAGAGCCGGGUCAGGCUGCAGUUGUCCUCCGGGCCAGAGGAGGGCGGCAGUAACUGCAGCUCUCUGACGGAAGAUGUUUGUCUGGAAGAGCGCCCGCUUAAAGAAUUGAUAACGGAAACCAGGGUCUGAAGGAUCUCCACAUGUUGAUGAAAUUAUAUCUUCACUGAGGUUCAGAGUUAGCGGCUUUUUCAACACCAGUAUGAUGAAUUCAUGAGAUGAAAUUACGUUCAAGAUGUUACAAUUUCCACCCCAAUCAUCAUGGCAACACAGGGAACAACUGUGAAUUGUAUAUCUAGUAAGCUUUAAAGUUGAACUUCAUUCACCAUAACUGGUAAUUACUAGGGGUGUAACAAUACAUUGAUACGGAUCAAUGCAUCGAUUACAUGGUUUUUUUUUUUUUUUUACAAUACGAUGCAUCGAUGUCACACAUAAAAUAUUGAUAAAAGGUACUUUUAUUUUGAAACUCCUCGCGUCCUCAUUUCUUGAUGUAACGUCCAUCUACGCAUUUCUUUCCAAUCGCGCAUUUUUGUUUAUUUUCGUGUGUUAGUGUCAUCAAAGUGGUUGUAUCCGCGAAAACACAGCAAAAGAGACAGAAGACGUUGUGACUGCUAUCGGACGCAAAUCGUGGGUUUGGAAAUAUUUUGUAUUUGCAAAAUGGAUUGAACAGAAAACCGUUGCCAGCACCAACUAAAAACUAAAGACCUUUACUUUUGCCAUCAUAUGCCCUCAUUAUUUAUUUUCUUUAUUAAAAAAGUGUAUUUUUGUUUAGUUUGUUGUUGUUGUACAGUAAAUGUCCAAAUUGGGACAGAGAUUGUGCCUUUUUUAAGAGUUUAAUUAAACGUUCAUGUAAUAUAUUUUGGUUGCAUUUGUGUUAAAAAUGUAACUGCUUAACGAGGCACAUAAUAUUAAAGUAUCUAUAAAUUAAUCGUAAUUGCUGGCGGAGAUGACCGAUAUGUUAUCGUAUCGCAAUGAAAUGUCUGAUUGACAUCCCUAGUAAUUACCCAACAAAAAUAGCAUUAUUGGUGGCUGUUACUGCUAUAAAAGCUUACAAAAUUGAUUCUUAAAACCAGUAACCAUAUUAAAGCUCCUCAUCACCCAUAUCUUUCCAACAGAAUAUUUUAGAGAUGCUGGGUUGUAGAGUAAAUGGCACUAGGGUUAGGGUUGGGGUUAGGUUAUAGCUUCUCAGCUAUUUGCCCACCUUGCAGUAGAAUCCGCUUUCAUCGAGUUGCUCACCAAAACCUCUCAUGCUCAUAUAAAGCAGAAGGGAAUAAACUUUGAGCCAUGUGACAGAACAUCCAUAAUUCAGAUCCACUUCCACAGAACAUUCGACCUCAAGCGCAGUCAGAUCUUCAGACGAGAGACCAGCUUACAGUGCUGUCAGUCAACCAUCAUCGGAUGCUCGUGAUAAAUACGACUGUGCUUCAAUUUUCAUAUGAGAUAUUAGACUGUAUUAUGGACAGACAUUUUGAUACACGUGUAAACUCUGGAAGACAUUUGUAAAGCAUACACAGUAAAACUCCCAGUGUUAAAUUAACACUGCUGGGAGCAUAUAUGGUCCCACUCUACAGAGUGUUAAAUUUACACUG